AUCAAAUAAAAUUUUAAUUAUAACAGAUGACACUUAUCUAUCUAAGUCAUGACUAAUGUAUCACAAACCUUGAUUUACGUAAAGAAAACACAGAAUGGUUGCAAGUGACGAAACAAUUGUUAUAAAAAAUUACCAAAAGUGUGAAUUGUGUGAUUCCGUUCCCGUAUACUUGACCAAAUACAAACAGAGAAAAAAGAGCCGGAGGAAGUCCUCCAAUCCUCAUCACCGUCUUGUUUUAAAAACCGGUGAUCCGGUAAUUUACCAAACGAAAAGACCGUUUCUUACGGUGAUUUACAUUCACGACUUGGUGAAUACUUUGAUUGUGAGCAACUGGAAAUGGACUUUAAUUGCACUUUCUCUAACAUAUAUUUUUCUUUGGCUUGUGUUUGCUUAUGUUUGGAUGAUGGUUUCGAUCAAUAACGGAGAUUUGGAUGUUGGAAAUGCGACAAAACCGUGUUUGAACGGCAUUCAAACAUUCGCCGGUUAUUUACUCUUUAGUAUAGAAACACAAACGACUAUUGGAUACGGCACUCGUUACAUUAGCCAAAAUUGUCCAGAAGCAAUUCUCAUUUUUUGUAUUCAAAUUGUGACAGGAGUUGGGAUUUCUGGGAUUUUGAUCGGGAUUGUUUACGGCAAAAUUACAGCCCCCAGGAAGGUUUUAGCAAGGAAUUGUUUUAGUAAAUAUGCCACUAUUUGUCAAAGAGAUGGACAGUUUUGUCUCAUUUUCCGAGUCCGAGAUGAAGAGAAACGUUAUCAGUGUUACAAUAAAAUCAAAGCUUAUGUCAUAGUAAGACGCGAGAAUGAGCCUUUUCUCAAAUCGAUUCAAUUGAAUUCGUCGGGGAUUAUGAUUUGGCCUAUUGAAAUCAUCCAUGAGAUUAACGCAAAAAGUCCAUUUUGGGACUUUUCAGCCAAAGAUUUAAUCCUGAAAAAGUUUGAAAUAAUUGUCUCAAUGGAAGGUGUUUCGUUAACAACAUCGAAAAUGUCACUUAUUACAGGAUCGUACUUAAAUAGCGAAAUUUUGUGGGGGCACACUUUCAAACCGUGCACUUUUUAUGACAAACAAAGGGGGUGUUUCAUUGUUAAUCAUAAAUUAUUCAAUAGUACUAGAGAAAUUCUAAUGCCUUUGUGCAGUGCUCGAAGAUUGAGUCAAGUCACUGAAGCUAUUUCGAAUCUCGAUUUUGAUAGUGAUAGUUCGGAAAUCGAUCCGUUAUUUCAAAGUCUUCAACAAUUUCUACUCGAAAAUUAUCGCGAAACUCACUUGUAAAAAUUUUCAAUA